GGCAUUCGGGCUCGGGUGGCCCUGGCAUUUGCUGUCACCGACGUCUGCAACUGACGAUGGAGAAAGCGAGCAAAGCCCUUCACAGUCGAAAACUAUCCGUGCGUCCCUUGAAGCCGAAAUCCACAUUUGAAAGCGAGGUGAACAGACAAAGUAUGAAAAUGCACCACGGGAGCACUACGACUGGGGUCGAUCAUGACUGGCAGCUGGUCCAGGUAGAACCGAAGCGCAGUACAGUGCGGCUGUUGAUAGCAGCCGCCGUGUUAGUGGCCGUGGUGGUGACCUGUGUCUGCGUCUACUUGCUGGUCUUCAGAAAGCCCCAGAUACCACGCGUACAGUGCAAGUCAAAGCCCUGCCUCGAUCACGCCGAGAGACUUCUCGCGUCGAUAGACACCAGCGUGGAUCCCUGCCACGACUUUUACGCAUUCACCUGUGGCCUUUGGCAGAGCUCUUCUCCCCAGAAAUCAGUUCAAGACGUCAUGAACGAAAAGGCAACACAAGACGAGCUCAAGGAGAUAAGCACUGAUCUAUGGAAUGUUGGGAGACCCAGCCGUCUCUACAACAAAUGUUUGAAUCCAGAGCCAAGCGACAUCGCAGCCAACAUUGUUGCGCUCGAAGAGAUCAUGGCAAACUUGUUUCUGACUUGGCCUAUGGAAAACCCUCAGCCUACGGACGCGCAUCCUUUGGACGUGAUGGUUGAACUGGCCUUUAAGUGGGACAUUAACUUUAUAUUCAGUAUGGAAGCCGCACGCACGAGUGCUAUCGGCAACAUCUUGGUUUUUCGGAGGAUUUACAGUAGCGCCGCUUGGGUUGAUCGCUUCGAGAAGUCCAUGAGCGCUGAGCAGUACGAGGACAUUGUCAAGGCGCACUUGAAUUACCUCGGUGCUAAUAUGACAAAUGCAAAUUGCACACUCCUACAGCUGUUAGAAAAUUCGUUCAUCGAAGCUAGACUCCAUAAAGCACACACAGUGUCAAAGUGGUUCAUUAUGGACAAGAUUGAUCUCGAGACACAGUCAUUCAAACCGGGAAUUUGGUUACAAUAUCUCCAACUUCACUCUGAAGACAUGGGCUUCAAGUGGUCUGCCCCUGACUCGGUACUACUAGAAGACGCUGAUAUACUAUCAGAUGUUGAGAAAUUGUUUAAGAAGCACACUCACGUGGAGCUUCUGACUGGCAUUGCCUGGAUGUUCAUACAGUCUCACCUGUGGGCAGUCGUUGGGAAACCGCAACUGAUGUUCGAAAGUGACGUAGAAAAGAAGUGUCAGUACGCCUGUCUGGAAUACGUAAACUUACGCUUGGGGAUUCUCUUAUCUGCCGAGCAUUUAAAUCAGCGCUACCCGACGAAAGAAGCCCGGCUCGCGAUAUCGAGCUUCCUGCUCGGCAUUAAGAGCGAGUUCAUAACGCUGAUGAGAAACAGCUCGUGGAUAGACGUGCAGAGCAGGCAAACAGCCGAACAAAAGAUAACCUCGAUGAAUCUGAAUUUAUUACCAGCUGAGCAAUUUUUUGUUCCUGCGAAGCGCCUUCUUCUUUACCAACGCUUCCCGUUCAUGAAUGAUUCGGGUUUCUUUGGGAGCUGGCUGCAGGCUUCUCGGAUUUACCAGAAACUUCACAUCCAUGAGCACUUCCGCGAUGUGUACAGAAAGAGGCGCACUUUUCUUUACGAACCGUAUUCCUACUCUUACUUGCUGAAUGAUAUCAGUGCAGGCACUGUUGCGCUCGAACCUCCGAUGUUCUACGAAGGAGGGCCUUACAUGAUCAACUACGCUGGUGCGGCAACUCGUGUUGCGCGAGAAAUCGCGAAAAGCUUCGACCCGCAGGGUGUUCAUGUGGACAACCAUGGUGAUACUGUCACUUGGUGGGGCACGCAGCACUCGGCCGAAUACCGCAGUCGUGCCACCUGCGACUUAGGCGAAGGAGCGCCCGCGACGAUGGGUGUCUUUCCGACGAUACCCGCAAUCGAAGCAUCUCACGCGGCGUAUAAGAGGGUGCUCUCAAACCUGUGGGCCCUAAGAGGCAAGCGCACAGACCUCAGGAUUCCGGGACUGGAGAGAUACAAUGACGACAUGGUGUUCUUCCUAACUUACUGCUACGCAUUGUGCUCCAAAAAAGGUGACCCGAUGGGAAAAGCAGAGUGCAAUGUACCACUCAGGCACUUCGAUCACUUCGGCAAAGCCUUCCACUGUUCUCAAGGCUCACCAAUGAGAGCCGCGGAAAAAUGCACUUUCUUUUCUUCGUGAUUUCCCUCGAUACUUAUUUUAUUCGGUUGAUAUCUGCACAUUUUUAUGCAUACUAACAAAUACUAUUUCAUGACCAUUGGUGAAACACAGAUACCGUUCACCAUUGCAGAGACGUGCAAUUUUCUUUACGCUAGAAUUUUUUUGUUAAUAAAAACAUUCUGCGGUGU